AAGAAGAAGAAGAAGAAGAAGAAGAACGUCACAACAUCCGCCUAUGACCCGCUUCCCUAACCGGAACAGUAGUUUCUGCAACUUGUUUCAUUAUGUCUAAGUUCAAAACAGUAAUUUGGCCUAAAGUGAUUUUAUUCGGGGACUCCAUUACACAGUAUUCAUUUCAAGCCAGUGGCUGGGGUGCAGAAAUUGCCAACAAUCUAGCAAGAAAAUGUGAUGUUAUAAACAGAGGGCUGUCUGGAUACAACUCCAGAUGGGCUAGGAUAGUUCUUCCUCGCCUCAUCAACACCUCAAACUCAGCAGACAACAACAUAGCUGCUGUCACAGUCUUCUUUGGAGCCAAUGACUGCGCACUGGAAGAUAAAAACCCUCAGCAACACGUCCCUCUGCAUGAGUAUUCAGAGAACCUGAAGGAGAUCAGCAGGCUUCUAGCUUCAGCUGGAGUGUCUGCAGACAGAGUUAUCUUCAUCACCCCUCCACCUCUUUAUGAGCCAGCCUGGGAGAAGGAGUGCAUUCUGAAAGGAUGUCCUCUCAAUCGCCACAACUCUGUAGCAGGGCAGUAUGCCCAGGCGUGUGUCCAGGCUGCCGGUCAGUGUGGUGCAGACGUCCUGGACCUCUGGACUCUCAUGCAAAAAGAUGGUCAGGACUACUCAGUCUAUCUGUCCGACGGCCUGCAUCUCUCAGAGAAGGGAAACCAGUUUGUGGCUCAGCACCUGUGGGGGCUGAUGGAAAGUCGUGUGGCCAAUCUGCCCUUCCUCCUGCCGUACUGGGCAGACGUGGAUACCAAGAGCCCAGAGAGCAGCCUCCUCUGUGACCAGUGAAGGAGUGGAUGUUGGCUUUGGAUCAAAAACCAGCGCUAUUUUUUGCACUUGUUGUAAAUUUCCCAGGUAAAUCGAGAGCCUGACAUGAGACUGCAUUCCUGCUUUGAAACACUGAAGCAGCUGUGAUUUGUUUGUGCUGGUAUGUUAAAUGUGACACCAUGUAUUAAUGUCAAAAUGCACAAUAAAGAAUUUUAUUUUGA